AGAUUGAACAUGAUGCUCUUCUUUUUUAAAUCACUUUAAAGUUAACAGUAUUGAAUUCAUCUAUCAUCUUGCUAUCACAACAAUCGGCCCCUAAGGGCAUAGUAUAUAUCUAGUAUUCAAUGGUCCACGUAUUAUACGGCAUUGAGCCACUGUCCGAAUGGGAACAUCAAUCGCUACCAUGAAUUAUCCCAAAAUAUGCCUCCAGGUAGGCCAAAGACAGUCGUGGAACCAUGUCGGUUCUGCAGUAAACAGUUCAAAAGACUUGAGCACUUGGUGAGACAUGAGCGAACACAUACCCGUGAGAAGCCAUUCGCCUGUGGAUGUGGACAAGCCUUCUCUAGACAGGACCUGCUAGCACGGCAUACUAAGGCCUCUCACCCGCCCCAACUAGGGGGGACGCAGGAACCGAGCAUGUCCACUAACAUGGUAAUGGAGGCUUCUGACUUCCUUUGGGAUCCUGACCUCAUAACAGAAGACUUGUUGCCAACCACACUCUUUGGUGCUGACUUUCCUCUCAUCGACACGUCGUCAAGCACCCCCCCUCCAAAAACAGGCAACUUUUCUCGGUUCACUUCUCGUCUACCUCAAUUAGAUGAUGCCGAGGAUGGCAUGGAGCAUGAUACCGGCAAUGAAGCUGAAAUUGGCGACCAAGUCGAAUGUGCUACUAUUACUAGGGACCCAACGUGGUCCGUUACCAGUGCUGAUUAUGAAAGGCUUUGCCUCGUAGUUCAAGCCUAUUCGAAUGUUCUUCCAAUCCAAUGUUCCAUGCCGUCUAAAAACAACCUAUUCAGAUACAUAGAUAUAUAUCUACGAUGUACUCAAAAGUUUUUGCCAUUUAUCCACGUUGCAACAUUUUCAGUUGAGCAAAUGGACAUCGAACUUAUCCUUGCCGUAGCCGCCAAUGGCUCACUAUACGCAUAUGAGACGGCCAAGGCUUAUGAACUAUACUCCAUGUCCAGAGCAAUAUUGCUAGAGAGAAUCCGUGUCGAGGACCUUCAACUGACGUCGGAGUUGCUGUCUGGACAGAGCCAUCUACUUCCGGAUAAAAUGCAUGAUAUAAGAAGAGUACAGACAUUUAUACUACUCAUAAACUUCGCAUCGUGGGCAGACAGGAAACUUUCACCAGACGCACUAUCUAUGGGUAGCCAGCUCGCAGUGUUGGUGAAAAGAAGUGGGAUCUCGACACCGGACGAGAUGCCACCGGAUAUCGACUGGCUAUCCUGGGUCGCUAUUGAGGAAAGACGAAGAACAUUGCUUGCCGCUUAUGUGGUAUUUAACUUGCACAGCAUCGCUUUCGAUGUCCCCCCACUCAUAUUGAAUCUUGAAGUCGGCGUUUUCUUGCCAGGAUCUGCAGAACAAUGGAGCUCAGAAAAUGCAGCACAAUGGGGUCAGGCUGAUCGUCAAGUCGACCGCCAAUUUCAAGCAGGACUACGCUGCCUCCUUGAUGGUACUGGAAUCCCAAAGGAUGAGAGUGUGUCCUCAUUCGCCAAUUAUCUGCUCAUCCACGCGUUGCUUCAGCAGAUAUAUAUCAACCGCCAUGGGUCUCUAGGACGGUUACAGCAAGACGCCAUCGAGGGCCUCGAAACUGCUUUACGUACCUGGCAGAGUUCCUGGGAGCUCACCAAUGAAUCUAGUCUUGAUCCAACAUCCCCUAAGGGACCAUUCGGACUCAGUGCAACCGCACUGCUUCGACUUUCCUACAUUCGUUUGAACUCAGAUAUUAACCCCUGUCAGGGACUCCUUUCGGGGGAUUUGUCGUGUAUAAUGGACAUACGCUCUGACCUGAAUAGGUCGUCGCAUUCUGAUAGAACUAUUCUCCAAGCCGCGCAUGCUCUAGGGCUACUUGUCCGUUUUGGAAUUCCGUUGAUGGCUCGCGCUUCCACACCGAUCUGGACCAUUGAACACUCUUUAUGCAGUCUUCAGUGCGCAAUGCUUCUCAAAGACUGGCUCGAGAUGAUCUCCACGAUCGUAAGAACAUGCGGCACCGAUGGGUUGCGUAACUCUGAGAGGAAGCUUCUAAUGAUCAUCACGGAGAUUAUCAGAGAAACAUGCGUCGCUCCUACGCUGGAUCUUCCAGAUGACGACGCAUCCCGUAUUCAACGAAUGGGUUCGACGGUAGCCAAAAUAUGGGCUGCAGUAUUUCAAGGGGUUCAUAUUCUUGAAAUUGACAACGUCAUCAAAGCUGGUCUUCAGCUCCUAUCUGAAUCUACUCCAGAUUAAUACACACUUUACCCAUGUGCUUCCCAGACGCAACAUACUCCAGAGCUGCAAUGAUAUCCUCGCGAUUAAAUCCAAACGACUUGUCCAGAGGCAUCUGUAGCCCACGGCUCCCCACAAACCUAACCGCCUCUUCGAGUUGCUGCUUCGAACCACCCAAAACUCCUCGGACAACACAGCUGUGGCUUAGCGUCAAGA